GUUGUUUUUAUCCCAAUUUGUAUAGUAGCUGAGUCAAAGUCGUUUUAAAAUAAAGUCGUGAAAAUGUCUGUUGCUGUUGACCUGGUUAAGAAUGAGCCACAUUUACGAACAUUGAAGUUAUCUGGUCAUGUUGGAUUUGAUAGCCUUCCGGACCAAUUGGUAAACAAAAGCGUGCAAAAUGGAUUCGUUUUCAAUGUGAUGUGUAUUGGUGAAACUGGACUUGGUAAAUCAACACUUAUGGAUACACUUUUCAAUACCAGCUUCGAGUCUACGCCAAGCCCCCAUACUUUACCCAAUGUUAAAUUGAAAGCACAUACUUAUGAACUUCAAGAAAGUAACGUACGAUUAAAGCUUACCAUUUGUGACACAGUCGGCUAUGGUGACCAAAUUAAUAAGGAUGACUCGUUUAAAGCAGUAGUUGACUAUAUUGAUGACCAAUUUGAAGCUUAUUUACAAGAGGAAUUGAAGAUCAAACGCUCUUUGAUAUCAUGCCACGACAGCCGAAUUCAUGUCUGUUUAUAUUUCAUUUGCCCAACUGGUCAUGGACUUAAAUCGUUAGAUCUAGUAUGCAUGAAAAAGCUAGAUAGCAAAGUGAAUAUAAUUCCAAUUAUUGCAAAGGCCGAUACAAUAUCAAAGUCAGAGUUGAACCGUUUUAAAACAAAAAUAAUGCAGGAAUUGUCGAAUAACGGAGUGCACAUAUACCAAUUUCCUACUGACGACGAGACCGUUGCUGAAACGAAUACGACCAUGAAUACUCAUGUUCCAUUUGCUGUGGUAGGAAGUACCGAUUUUAUUAAAGUGGGAAAUAAGUUAAUUAGGGCUCGUCAAUAUCCAUGGGGUACAGUGCAAGUUGAAAAUGAAAUGCAUUGCGAUUUUGUAAAACUUCGUGAAAUGUUAAUACGAACUAACAUGGAGGAUAUGAGGGAGAAAACGCAUACACGUCACUAUGAACUUUAUAGACAAAAAAGGCUUGAGCAAAUGGGCUUUAGCGAUGUAGAUAGUGACAACAAACCAAUAUCAUUCCAACAAACAUUUGAAGCCAAACGAUCCAAUCAUUUAGCGGAAUUACAAGCUAAAGAAGAGGAAGUUAGGCAGAUGUUUGUGCAAAGGGUUAAAGAGAAGGAAGCUGAACUAAAAGAAAGUGAAAAGGAGUUGCAUGCAAAGUUUGAUAAACUCAAACGUGACCAUGCUGAAGAAAAGAGAAAGCUUGAAGAUUCCCGCAAAAAACUGGAGGAAGAUUUUGUUGAAUUUAGUCGCCGCAAAACACAGAUAUCUACAUCCCAUCAUACAUUAACUUUGGGCAAAAACAAAAAGAAGUAAACUAUUUAAGCUUGAAUAUUACCAUUGAUUUGUCAUUUUACAAAAAAUUAUGUAUCCAUUAUAAUAUCAAUACAUGCUUACACACAAACUGAA